AUGUCAUAUAUGCUAAUUUUUUAUGAACAUUGAGCUACUUUUUUUUUUAAAAAAAAUCAGAUCUAUGCAUACGAUUUUUUUUCCAGAAAAUCUGCAUUUUUAGUGGUUUGCAUGCUGGAUCUGUGUUCUUUGGGUGCUUCUACACCUAAGCCUUGAACCUUUCUUGCUACUUUUUUUAAAGAACUGAUUUUAGAAGCAUGGCAUGUUUUUCGAAGCUGAUUUAUGACUCUUAUAUGCUGAAAAAUGGUUCAUCCAAAUUGAAACUACCCCUCGCUCAGUUCCCACAGUUCAACGCCAUCCUCUGUAGCGAGCAUCUUAUCGUCAUCGUCCUAUUCUCAAGUCACGUCGACGAUUGUAAUUGCCGGCCAUGUGCGAGAAUAGCCUAUCUCCGUACGGUCACGAGAGCAAACGAUGUUAGCAUCUCAGAUCCCUCAAGCCCUAGGCUAGAAAUUAAGGUAAUUCAUAAUCAAAGGGAGUCCAUCCCGUCGAUGGCGCGAUCCCCUUUUUCCGGCUCCGUCUUCGCUACUCAGCUGAGUCUCCUCCUGUGGACUGGCUCUGCCAGCUGUCUCUUGGGUUGGAAUGGUUCGGGCUUCGUGUUAUGGGCCGGCCCAAGUCCAAGCCUUCCCCGUGUGCUUGACCCGGAGUCUAUUGGAUGAUUAAUUUGGGCCGCCCGCUCGAUAUCGGCCCAUCAUUGAUGUAAUAGUACUUGUAAUUAUAUGAAUAUUUUUUUCUUUUCUCUUUCAUUUAGUUUUUUAAGUAUAAAAUAAAAAAAAGUGAUCUUGUUGAGCUUAAUUGUUGCUUUUUUUCUACUUAUGCUUCUAAUUAUCUACAUUGAGAGCUUUUGCAAGAUUUAUUGAGUUUUAGGUGGAAGCAUAGGUGUUUGAAGUAAAAAUCUGCACAUUAUGAUGUGAAAAUCUGUUUUGAAACAAGGGCUCUUAGUUCCCAGGUAUUGGUAUACUAUUAAAUUUCAAAUUUCGUAAGCCUUGGGUGUUUAUAUUUGAUCAUUUAUGGGUUGAAAUCUAAAAAUUAUGCACUUUUAAGGCUGAUUUUUGGGUACUAAUGGAAAAAAUCUGCACUUCUCAAUUUAAUUUUUGAGCUUAAACUGAAAAUAUGCACUUUGUAAGUUGUUUUUUUAGUAUAAAAUGUAUUAGGAAGUAUAAUUAAAUUAGGAUACUUCUUUCCUUUCCUACUAGGAUUAUUCUUUCCUUUCCUACUUGUACUUUGAUUACUCUUGUAUUCCCUAUAUAUAGGGCCAUAUCUCUCAAUAUUCAAUAAGACAAGUUAUUAUCAAAUUGUAUCAUAGUAUCGGAGCUAAGGCUCUCAAAAAACUAGCCUCUCUUUUUUUCCGACCGCCGCCCACCAUGGCAGCCCCGUCGGAUCCUUUGGCGUCCUUACCCUCCGGAGUAAAACUUUUGCUUCGGAGUCUCCACAACUUAAUCCCAGAAAAACUCACCGAAACAAAUUAUCCGGCAUGGUCUCUCAAUGUCCAGACAACUCUUUCAGCUAAUCUCCUCCUUGGAUGGAUUGAUGGUCAUGAAGCAGCCCCGGCGCCAACUAUCUCCAAAAACGAUAAAACCGUCCCUAAUCCAGAGUAUACCUCCUGGACCAUCGUUGACACACAGAUCCGCGCCUGCCUCCUAGCGGUCAUCAGCCCCUCCGUUCACAAACAUGCUCGCGGCUUCACCACAUCUGCUGCCCUCUGGGAUGCUUUGGCCGCACGGUACAACUCCGUGUCCACCGCUCAUGUUUAUCAGCUUCGGGACAAACUCCACACUCUUCGUAAAGGUACCAAAACUAUGACACAAUACCUUGAUGAUGUGGCAACUAUUCUCUCGGAUCUCGAUGCCUUGAAAGAAGAGAUCCCUGAACGUGAUGUGGUGAAUGCUGUUAUUCGUGGUCUUCCCACCGAAUACUCAUCCUUUAAGCAAAACAUUCGCAUGAACAAUACCAAUAUUUCGUUAAAUCAGCUUUCUGGAUGGCUGAUCUCCGAAGAAAUAAACCUGGAGAUGGAGAAUAAACUCAGCCUCACCGAGUCUACCAUCACCGAACCUCGCACAGCACUUCU